GCCUCUGCUCUUAGCCAUACGCUCUCCUGACAACAUGAGGUCCAGCAGCUUCUUGGCCCUGGCGGUUUUUCUCAUCCUUGGGAUGCUGGCAGCACAGGCAGCUGUCAUAGGAGUUCCUUAUAAAGGUCAAGAAGCUGACAAAGGUCACGUUCUGGUCAAAGGACAAGGACCGGUUGGAGAUCAAUAUCUAAGCAAAAAAAAAUUUCCAGGCGGGCACGGUCCAGUCAUAAUUAAAAGUAAGCCUGGCUCCUGCCCCGUGACUCUGAUAAGGUGUGCCAUGUUGAAUCCUCCUGAUGCCUGUCUGAACGAUGUUCAGUGCCCAGGAGCCAAGAAGUGCUGUGUGGGCUCUUGUGGAAAAGCCUGUAUGAAUCCCCAGUAAGGUAAAUCCUGUCUUUGCUGUACUCGUGAAGGCCGAGGGGACUUCUGUCCCUGGUCCCCGCAGCACCACCCCUUCCCACACUGCUCAUUCUUCCUCUCGAUGAGGAUGCCCAACCCUGAGGCUGCUUCCCACAUCGAUUUUCCAAUAAAAGACUGCUUUCUGUUCCAUA